AUCCGCCGUUGACUGGCUGUCCAAUGUGGCCCCUCGACGAGACACACAACUAAUCGAGCAUUUUGAGUGGUUUCCGUGUUUCGCCUGACCAGCAUAGCGCUAAUGGUGACCUAAAAACGGGUACAGGAUGCGAGUUUUAAUCACGAUUUGGACGGUACCAGAAAUUAGAGUUAACAAACACCCCUCGAAAUCUUCUAGGCGAACAAGGUCAUUGACAAUGCUGGUCUCGUGUAAAUCAAUCAGUCUUUGAAAUAUUACAUACAUAUCUACAAUAGUAAAAAAAAAAAUAUGUCUACCUGUCCGUCGACAGAGGAGACCAAAGAGGAAGCUCCGAUUUUUGUCUAACAGGCAGAAUGCACCUAACGAAGAAUGGCGACGCAAGCUAUCAAUGGGAGACGCCGACAGGAUGUGUGAUGACUUGGACUUUCAUUCUGAUAGACCCUCAUCUCUUCGACUCUCUGAAUCGGAUCCGGAUCUGACGCCAGAACCUGCAGCGCCUUUUGAAGAAGAUCCGUUGCGCCGCGCGACACGCACGCCAAGCUGCGCACCCCGCGUCGGGCCAGUGAGGACGUCGAGCCCGCGAGAGGAGAGCGCAGCUGGCAAUUCUGCGCGGGCAGACGCUAACGACGAAGGCAAAAUGCUGUCGCCGAUCGUCUUUGACUCCGAAGAAGAAAAAAACGUGUCCGCGAUUAAACCGUCAUCUGACAAACUUGAUGACGUGGAGUCUCCCCCGAGAAAGUUCGUCAUCAGCGGCGGCAAGAACGGGUUGCGGGCACAACCUCAUGAGAAAAGUCCCGCGGCCAGUGACAAGACUCUCCAAAUGCAAGCGUUGAGCAAGUCGGCGCAGCAGCCGAGUGCGCCCGCUCCCGAGAAGGACUGUGAGGACGUUCACAGGGAGUCCACGGUGGAGAGCUCGCCUCCCCCCGUCAACAAAGACAUCUGGACCUUCCUGAAGAAGGCUCGAGACGCCGGGCGGUCCAAAGCCAAACCGAAGACCCUGACGCCCUCACCCCCUCCCGAAUUGGAGGACGAUUUCCUGAUUCUGGACGACGAUGUGCCUUUUCGCUUUUCCAUCCCCACUAAACCCAAAAGUAAGCAAGAAAGGAGCAAAAAGUCCAGCGGUGACAAAGGCAGCUCGCCGGACGGAGGCUCCGAGGACAACGGGCCGGAGACGCAUCCGCCCGGCCGCAAGUCAGCCGAAGAGCAGACGGCCCGCAAAAAACCCCAAAAGAACGAGCCGGCGCAUCGUGACGCCCCCCCCAAAAAGAAUCGACAGCGUCCGCGUGAGGCGACCGCCGACCGGAAAGUCGGACGUUCUCCCGGGGUGCCGAAGUCUUCCAAAGCCGGCAGAGACGAUCCCAAGAGCGGCAGGCCGGAUGCAAAAGCCAAAAGAAGGAAGGCGCGGCGUCACGAGCGUGCCGAUGCCGACGCGGAUUUUGACUUUGGGAAACUCGACCCUGCGCAGGAUUCGGCGGCCGGUCGAACAUUUGAACAAAACCAUCAGUCUGCUCCUAGCGAGAGUUCCCCCGAAGCACAUCAGGUGCUGGGCAAGAGGAAAAGAAACCCGCCCGGGGAGUGGUGGCUGAGCUGCCUUCGGAACGCGGAGCAGCCUGAGCCCGGAGACGCGGCGUCGAGAAGCCCAAAGUCGAGGCCCAAAAAGGACGGCGAAAGGGCCCAGGGGGGAAAGUUGAAAAAGAAAAAGAAAAAGAAAGGAGCGCUGAAGAACACGACCACCACAGAUGGAGCGGAAGAAAUGAAAGAGCAGGAGCAGGACUCUGCUCCUCUGCUCUUCAGUCCUCCGGAAUUCACCCGACGAGACCGGAGCCGCAAAUCGGAGGGUCAAGCGUUCCCGCAAGUUUCAAGAAAGAAAAAAGUGUCCCGCGAGCCCACCCCGCCGAGUCCCACGGCGUCUUUCGAGCAGCCGGCGGAGAAACGACGAACCAGACCGCCCGGCGAGUGGUGGAAAGCCGCCGGCGCGCCGAAGGACGCCGAGGCGGAGUCCCGUCGGCUUCUCGACCCGGCUCGCGAAAGGGCCGGCCUGGGCGAGGGAGCAAAAGACCCCCGAAGCAGAACUCCGCCAGGAUCAGACGGAGGUGCCGUCGGACGUCCGCCGCGGGUGCCCAAAAGUCUCAAGUCCUCUGUGGACCGUUUCACCGGCCGGACCUUACCCGGCAACGGAGACGCCGCCGGAAGUGAUGACGUCGCGGUGCGGGUCUACACUCCCGACAACCACGGCGGAACCUUCAGCGCGGACGGAGGUCGAGCCGGCCCGGACGGCGUCUGCCCUUCGCAGGACAUGUCAGGAAAACACGGCGCUUCCGAUCACUCGUGCCAUGUGUUUCUCAUUUCUUCAUGGUUUUGUCUUUUUUGGGUGCGGGGGAGCAGAUUUCAUAGCGGGCCGGUGUGCAUGAUCGAUCUGGAACCGUACGACGACGCCGACCUCCCGUCGACCAGACAGCCUUCGGCCGAGCUGUCCGUCAGCGACCUGUGCGCUCCGCCCCUCAAGCCGUUCUCCCUGCGGGCCAAGGACGAGGCCGACCUGACCGAGUGGCUCCGCUAUCUGUUCCCCACCACCCUGAAAGGAAAGAAGAACCAGAAUUUGGCCAACGUCUCCCCCGACCACUUUGACUGGUACUUCCACAAAGGCCGAGCCGUGGGCGUCGCGGAGGAUCUGCGUUGUGCGUCCUUCUCCCAAGGGAAAAUGCUGCUCGGCUCCUUCAUGAAGAAACCUCUGUGGGUCGACCACAGCGCCACCACGGUUUUUUUCCUGCUAACAAGCUCCGUCGGUGUCAUCGUAGACAACAUGGAGUCGUGUGUGCACGCGGGCAAUUCCUUCAUGGUGCCGUGCGGCCACGCCUACAGCAUCCAGAACCUGACGGCGCAGCCCGCCGUCCUCUGCUUCAACAGGAUUCUCACCGAGAGCCCCGACUGAAGCGUCGACCCGCGCGGCCGACCUCGCCGUCGCUGCCGACGCCUCGUCUUGUCAGUGCGAUCGCCGGACGCCUUUCGUGUGUGUAUUUUAUUUCACAGCAUGGAUUGACUUAGAAAAUGAUUGUGUGCAAAUAAACUUACAAUAUUGUUGA